ACCUUGCGUUGGGUCGUGUCGAUGCGAUCUGCGCGACUCGGAUUCCGUGUUUCGAUUAAAAAAUGUUUGCUCUGUUUGUAUUCAUGCAUGAACUCUUCGCCGCCUUUCCUCUUUCGGCCUUAAUUGAAACGCGUGCGAUACGCGUUGAUUUUCGCGUUUCUCCCUUUGUACGCGAUUUCCUCCAACCUUGUCGUCGCCGGUCUUGUGUUCACCUCAUCACAACGUUCUGUAGACAACACCACUUGUUUUGCGGGUAUUGCAUGUUUCAAUCCUCAUAGACAACACACAUGAGAUAUACAGAGUAGCAAUUCCAUUAAAGUCGAAACUUGGCUAUGAGUUCCCCUUUACAUCCAAGCAGCUCAGCUGCAAAUCGUGGCCUCGGAAACCUUACUAGGCGGAAGCGAUCGCGUGAGCCAGAUGAUGAUAACUCUUCAGCGCCCCCUCCCUCUAGCCCACCACCUUCCUCCCCCCCAAUUCUGCCUCUUGAUGACACUGUCGGCAAUGACUUGGACGAAGAGGCUGAAUUUAUAGGGGAUAUCGAUGACAUUGAUGAGAUGGCUGAAGAUGAAGAUGGGAUUGAUCUUUUCGCCGACACUUUUGAACGUGACUACAGACCACGGGGCCCUGAGGCAUACGAAGGAGACGAUAUCGACGAUGCUGAGGACCACGAAGAACUGGAUCUGGCUACUAGACGCCAACUUGAAGCGAGAUUAAAUAGGCGUGAUCGAGAACUAGCUAGACGACGGCGCGUGCCUGCAGCAUUCUUACAGGACGAUGAUGACGACGGAAAUGUCGAUCUUACUAGACAGCCUCGUAGACGACGACAUCACUACGACGAGGAUGUCGACGAGAUGGACAUGGAUAUUAUGGACGAGGAAAUGACGCUUGAAGCGUUGGCUGAGAUUAAAGCGGCCAACGUCACCGAAUGGGUUACUCAACCCUCUGCCCACCGGUCUAUUUAUCGCGAAUUCAAGGCAUUCUUAACUGAAUUUACGGAUAAGGAUGGUACUUCGGUUUACGGAACUCGCAUUCGAAACUUGGGAGAAGUCAAUGCAGAAUCCCUCGAGGUCUCAUAUGCCCAUUUAUGUGACUCUAAAGCUAUUUUAGCCUACUUCCUCGCACAUGCUCCUGCUGAGGUUUUGAAGAUAUUUGAUCAAGCUGCGAUGGAGGUAACACUACUUCAUUAUCCAGACUAUCAUCGGAUUCACAACGACAUCCAUGUUCGUAUUACCAACCUCCCGUUCAGAUAUACUCUUCGACAACUACGUCAAAGCCACCUCAAUUGCCUUGUUGGUGUCAGUGGAGUUGUCACCCGAAGAACUGGGGUAUUCCCACAGCUUAAAUACGUCAUGUUCAACUGUACCAAAUGCGGCAUGACUUUAGGACCGUUUCAGCAAGAGUCAAACGCAGAGGUCAAGAUUUCUUUCUGUCAGAACUGUCAGGGUCGGGGUCCUUUCACACUAAACUCGGAGAAAACUGAAUACCGCAACUACCAAAAGUUGACUUUACAGGAGUCCCCCGGAACAGUCCCCGCUGGUCGACUACCGCGACACAGAGAAGUUAUUCUUCUUGCGGAUCUCAUUGACUCCGCGAAGCCAGGGGAUGAAGUGGAAAUUAUUGGCAUUUAUCGCAAUCACUAUGAUGGACAGCUGAAUAACAAAAAUGGCUUCCCAGUAUUUGCAACCAUCUUGGAGGCUAAUCACCUCGUCAAAUCCCACGACCAACUCGCGGGUUUCCAUUUGACUGAGGACGACGAGCGUCAGAUCCGAGCGUUGUCGAGAGACCCACAGAUCGUGGAUAGGCUCGUGACAUCCAUUGCGCCAAGCAUUUAUGGACAUGAAGAUGUUAAAACAGCUGUAGCGCUCUCUCUUUUCGGUGGCGUCAGCAAAGAGGCACAAGGAAAGAUGUCUAUCCGUGGUGAUAUUAACGUACUUCUCCUUGGUGAUCCUGGUACAGCCAAGUCUCAGGUAUUGAAAUAUGUUGAAAAGACCGCACACAGGGCUGUUUUUGCUACAGGGCAAGGUGCCAGUGCUGUCGGUCUCACAGCCAGCGUGCGUCGCGACCCCCUGACCAGUGAAUGGACACUGGAAGGUGGAGCACUGGUGUUGGCUGACCGAGGUACAUGUCUUAUCGAUGAGUUUGACAAGAUGAAUGAUCAGGACCGUACCUCCAUCCACGAAGCUAUGGAGCAGCAAACAAUUUCGAUAUCCAAGGCCGGUAUUGUCACGACACUCCAAGCUCGUUGCGCAAUCGUCGCUGCUGCCAACCCCAUUGGAGGCAGAUAUAAUGGUGCCAUUCCAUUCUCCCAUAACGUCGAGCUGACAGAGCCUAUCCUUUCUCGUUUUGACAUCCUCUGUGUCGUUCGCGACACAGUUAACCCAGACGAAGACGCGCGGUUGGCGAAAUUCGUCGUCGAUUCACAUUCGAGAGCCAACCGUCCUAGACCUCAGACUGACGAGUACGGAAAUCCCGUUCCACGAGAAGCUGCCGAUGAAGAUCAGGAUGAAGAAAUGGACGGGUCCAAUGCAGCAACUUCAGACGCUGGGGCUGUAGAGCAAAUUCCCCAGGAGCUUCUCCGGAAGUACAUUCUCUAUGCGCGGGAACGAUGCAGACCGAAAUUGUACCAAAUUGAUCAGGACAAAGUUGCACGCCUCUUUGCGGACAUGAGAAGAGAAAGCUUAGCUACGGGAGCAUACCCGAUCACGGUCCGUCAUCUUGAAGCCAUAAUGCGUAUUGCCGAAGCAUUCUGCAAAAUGCGGUUAUCGGACUACUGCAGCAGCCAAGACAUCGACCGCGCCAUUGCCGUGACAGUAGACUCAUUCAUCAGCAGCCAGAAAGUCAGCUGCAAAAAGGCUCUUUCGAGAGCAUUUGCGAAAUAUACCCUUGCCAGGCCGACCACCCAGAGACGGCGGGGAGCAGGAGCCGGUGCAGCUUCAUCGAGCUUGGGCUCGAGUAAUGGUAUGGGAAGGAGAGGUCGCUGAAUUGGGGAUUUGCUAGAACGUGAAUACAACAUCUUCUGUCUGUUGUUUUCAUGGCUCUCUUUGACUAAUUAAGGAUCAUGGAUUUCGUUUUCUUUCUUCUUCAUUUUCCGGACAGGGAAAUAUGCAUGUCUGUAUGUCUGUGUACUUUUCUUCAUGGCGUUGUCUGGUUGUGGCUCGAGAUACAAAUAUGAUACGUAAUUUACCAUUCUUUCGUCUUGCAAGAUAAACAUGAAUCCUUUCUCUGAUAGUAACUACUUCAUUCCUCCUGUUCGUUAUAUCCGGGUCUAUUCCCCUUUCGCCAUUGGCGGUUACCCAGAUCCAGUAACUGCGUAUAAUUGGUAGUUAUUCG